CCUUGGCGAGUUGCGACGGGGAGAAGUUUUCCGUGAGCACAAGUGCAAAGGGUGGCCGGGUUGCAAGCGGCAGCGGUGGCGGCCACGAGUUGCCCGGCCAUUUUUCCUGCCUCUGCGUGGGGUCAAGCGGCCUGCAGCCGUGCCGAGCCGUGCCGAGCCGUGCCGAGGGGCUGCACCGCUGGCCAGAGUGCCCCAGGACCCAUGGAGUAUGUCAGCACACGGGGAGGCACCGGGGCUGUCGGUUUUGAGGAGGCCCUCUUCUCCGGCUACGCACCCGACGGGGGCCUCUUCAUGCCCCAGCACAUCCCCUCGCUGGACGGGGACACCCUUCGAAAGUGGAGCUGCCUCUCCUACCGGGAGCUGGUGAAGGAGCUGUGCUCCCUCUUCAUCACGGCCGAGCUGGUCCCACGGAGCACCCUCAACGACCUGAUCGACAGGGCCUUCAGCAGGUUCAGACACAAGGACAUCAUCCACUUGUCCCGGCUGAAAGAUGGGCUGAAUGUUUUGGAGCUGUGGCACGGGGCUACUUAUGCGUUUAAGGAUCUGUCCUUGUCCUGCACAGGGCAGUUUUUACAGUAUUUCUUGGAGAAAAAGCAGAAGCAUGUCACUAUUGUGGUGGGGACUUCAGGAGACACGGGGAGCUCCGCCAUCGAGAGUGUGAGAGGGCAGAAGAACAUGGACAUCUUUGUUCUGCUGCCCAAAGGGUUCUGCACCCAGAUACAGGAACUUCAGAUGACCACCGUCAUUGAAGACAACGUCCAUGUCUUUGCUGCUCAUGGGAACAGUGAUGAAAUCGAUGAGCCCAUCAAGGAACUGUUCGCUGAUGUGGAUUUUGCCAGAAAAUACAAUCUGAUGAGCUUGAAUUCGGUCAAUUGGUCUAGGAUUAUGGUGCAGAUCGCUCACCACUUCUAUGCUUACUUUCAGUGUGCCCCGUCCCUGGAUACCACUCCGCUGCCAGUGGUGGAAAUUGUUGUGCCAACAGGAGGAGGAGGAAAUAUCACAGCUGGCUGUAUUGCCCAGAAAAUGGGUCUCCCAAUUCGACUUGUUGCCGUGGUUAAUAGCAAUGACAUCAUUCAUAGGACUGUUCAACAAGGAGAUUUCUCGCUGUCGGAGAGCGUGAAGGCUACAUUAGCAUCAGCCAUGGAUAUUCAGGCUCACCAAGAGCAAGAGAAGAGACCAGGAAGAAGAUAGGGAAGACCAGGAGAAAUGCCUCCUCCAUGGCCAUCUGCAACUUGCUCAGAGUAAAACAAGUCUCAGCAGGCAGGCAAAGGCCUCAGAAAUGAAAAGUCAUGGAGAUACAGAAACCAAACACC